AUGACCACAAGAUAUUCUCGGUGGGCUAGUGCUCGCUUACCAAAGCUUCACGAAUUACGGAGCAUCCACCAGUAUGUUGGGCGCCGCCGUAAAGCCCCGGACAGCAAAGUGAACCAUCAAUUCCAUACUGAUCCAAAGGCCUUAUUUGUUGACUUAUCGGACACAAAUUCUGGGUUUCAAAACUUUUAUCCAACGGGGAUUACUCACGAGGAUGAUCUUUGCGGACUGGGUGAUAAUGGAGGUGCGGCUGAGUGGACGAGAACUUUAUUCGCGCCGCAACCAGGAUUCAAGGCAAUGGAUAUUUAUCCCGGAUAUAGUGCCGACUUCAUGGAUGAGAAGCAUCUGGCCGUGGUUGGAGGAAGUUGGGCCCUGCAUCGUCUUAUCACAGGCCGAAAGAGCUUCCUGAACUGGUGGCAGAAGAGAUAUCUCUGGCCAUGGGUAACGUUUCGUCUUGUACGAGACGUUGAGCAGAGUGCAGACCGCUAA